GACUCUUUAAUUGUGGUGGGAGUUAAGUGAAUCGGUAUCAGAGCUGUUUUACAAAAUAUGCAGAAAAACCCGCUGCCAAAGCAUGUUGUCACUGCACCGGGUGCCCUGUUCCUCCCUGUCACACCUAGCUUCAUUAUCUUCCUAAGUGGACAAUAAGUGAAAAAUAACAGUCAUACAUGAUCUGAUCACUAUUUCACAUCCUGGCGCAAAGGCUAGGGAGUGGACUCGACCCACCCGGCCACUCACAGUACAGCGUCAGCUAAUAAAGAGCAUUCAUCUGCAGUUCACUCACAGUCUGUCAUAAUCCCUGUUUGAAAUAUGUUAAAACCAAGUGUGAGUUUCAAGAAUAUAUGAGACAUUCUUUAUUGCCCUAUAAAAACUCCGAACAAGAGUCAGUCAUGACAGGGGCUACACGGAGAGAAGUCAAGACCCAAGAGAGCAGCUGUUUCUCUGUCAACUGCAUAACAAAUUGAGUAUUUACAUUUUGCGUUUAUCGUUUAAACAACAUGAGAGCUGCAUCUUACACCCAGAAGAGCCUGCAGGUUAGUGGCUCCAGUGGCAGAGUAAGGGUUCAGAGCCCGUCACCUUCCCGGUGCCGUGGAUCCUCAUAUGACAGCCGCGGACGCUCAGGUUAUCGCAGCACUGCCGUUGAGCUGGGAACAGAGAUACAUCAGCGCCAUGCCAAUGAGAAAGAGGAGAUGCAGGAACUCAAUGUCAAAUUUGCUGGAUACAUUGAGAAGGUCCAGGCACUAGAGCAGAGAAAUGCUGCUCUUCAGGCUGAGCUGGCUGUACUGCAGAACCGCUACAAGGGAGGCCCCACAGGCAUCGGAGAAGAAUAUGAGCUCAAGUUUAAGGAGGUGCGGGAGCUGAUUGAGAGCCUGACUAAUGAGAAAGGAGCAGCUGAUAUCGAACGAGGCUACAUGGAAGAAGAGGUCGAAGUGUGGAGACUAAAGCUGGAGGAGGAGCUGGCCCUCAAAGAAGAAGCAGAAUUGAUCCUUAAGGAGUUUCGCCAGGAUGUUGAUAAUGCCACAUUACAGAAAGCUGAGCUGGAGAAACGUAUAGAGCAACUGGUGGCUGAGAUUGAGUUCCUCAAGAAGCUGCAUGAUGAAGAGGUGACUGAUCUCAUGAAGCAGAUUGAGGACUCAAAGAUUACUGCAGAGCUGGAUGGCGAUCGGCCCGACCUGGCUGCUUAUCUCCGCAACAUGCGUACAGAGAUAGAAGCUGUUGCUGCCCGCAACGUUCAGGAAGCUGAGAAGUGGUACAAGAGCAAAUUUGACACCCUCAAGGAGCAUGCUGGCAAACAUGAGGAGAAAAUGAAGACCAUGAAAGAUGAGAUCACAUCCUUCCACAGCCAAGUUACAGACCUGCAGAGCCAAAUUGAGGGGCUGAGGGCUCGCAACGCAGCCCUGGAGCAGCAGCUGGAGGACAUGGAGAUGUCCCACAUGGAUAAGGUGGGGAGCCUCGAGGAUGUCAUUGCUCAGCUGGAGACCCAGCUCUGCGAAACCAAACUGGAGAUGACCAAGUAUCUCCAAGAUUACCAGGAACUGCUGCACAUUAAGCUCAAGCUGGAUGCAGAGAUUGCCACCUACAGGAAACUCCUAGAAGGGGAGGAGCACAGGCUUGGAAUUGCCAAAGAUGUCUAAAUAUCCAGGAUUAGAGGAGCUGCAUGUCUAAAGCAGCCACAGAGAAGCUCAGCAAAGCAUCACAGAGUGAAGAGAUCAGCUCACUGUAGUUCUAGAUUUCCAUGACUUAACCUUUUUUCUACCUACUUUACUCUCCUUUCUCCAAGGGCUGCCUGUAGUUUAAAAUGUUUCAAUACAAGUGCCAAUUUGACACUUGAGUUUCAGUACGGAUACCAAAAUGAAUGGGGGAAAAAUUCACAGAAUUUUAGUGAGGUGCUGGCUUGCAGAUGUACAUUAAUUGGAAUCAGGAAGUACCUGAUCUUAAAGUAAGCAAACAAGAUCACAAAUCCAACCAAAGGUUUGACACCAGCUCUCUGUUCUUCACAUUUUGAAUAUCCCAUGCUACAAACACAUUUUUCUCUGUACCUAAAAGUAUUGAGGUUCGAUACACAGCCCUACUUAGCAUAUGACUUUCCUUUACACGUCCUGUCCCCAUUACUCUUAUGUCUGCUUGUUUCCCAAUUCUUUUUACUGAAAAUUUUCCACCAUUGUCUUAGAACUGCUGCUUCCUUUGCCUUCCAUUAGCCAGGUCUGUCACCCUGUCACCUCCAGUUCUUCUUUUAUGGCAGCCUUUAGGCCUCCUCAGUCAUAGCCUUCUCCUUUAUUCCCUUUCCGACAACACUCUACACAGUUAAAUCCACCUUCCCUGCCAAAUCAGCCCUGCUGUUAUACCUCUCUCACCAUUUCUGUCACUUUCUUUUGCUCCACCUGCUCACUUUUCAUUGUGACCGCUUCUCGUGAAAAAAAACACUCCUGUCCUGCUGUGAUGUGCCACAUCUCAACCCAGACGAAAUAGAACAAAGGAUCAUUAAUGUUACCACUGGUCUUUGCAAUGCCCCUGAUUACUGCAAAUGUUCCUUUGACCAUUUAGACUAAUGUUCACUGCCAUAUUGACAACCCUUACUUAAUAAAGAUUGAAGUGAGUGCAUACAAAAUAAGGUAUUGGUCAUUUUUCCACUCUCCUGUCAGUUGCUUGUGGUACUCUUUAAUGUAGUUUCUUACUGUUUACUUUGUCUUUUCUGAAAUAAUAAUGAUAAUCUCACCACCGCUUUCCUUUCUCCUGCUCUCCUUUUUAACAAAACAGGAAGAGCAUCCUUACUGAGUUAUACCCCAUAAAUAACAAUUAUUUUUGUAUUUAACUUUCUACUUUAUUCUGUAAAGACAUUCUAAGUGUGCAACAAAGAAAUAGCAAGGCUGUGACAGUCCAGCUGUAGGUUGCUCUUUUCCACAGUAAGCAUUAUCUCUUUUUUGUAAUUUCAUGGCUCACUGGUAGUUUAGUUGGGGUUGUUCUAAUUGUAUGACAACAACAGAAAAAAUGACUGUUUUGGAACCAGUAUCUCUGAUGAUUAAUUAUGCUUUGUGACAAAGAGAUGCUAAAAGAAUGACAAAUAUGUGUUAGUAAUAUAGUAACUCUUGUUGAUACUCAACUGGCCAGGUGCUGAAAUGGAUUUAUGCAUAUACUCUGAGUUGCAGGCAGAGUUCCAGUGAUCCUCAACAUCACAGGUGUACUUUCAUGUAUUUAAUGGGCCUGGGUCAGAGCAAAACAAAAUUUAUUUCUGGCUGAGUUAGUUUAAAACCUCUCUCUACCAAGAGGUCACGACCAGCAUGCUGCCAAACACCUCACUGAAAAGUCAUAUUUAUGAGCUUCCUGUGAAUUGCACUGGAUGCUUGGUUAGGGGGAAGGUGAAAUAGUGUGUGAUAAGGCACAAAGCUGAUUGCAUAUUAGGUUGUUUGCCAUAAACAGUGAGCUAGAUGACAAAACAGACAAUUUCUCCCAACCCGUGGUGUGCUCAAGGAUCCGGAGCUUUUCAAACCAACAAUUUAUAUUUAAAAUAAAAAUGACCUUGCAAUAAAGGAAAGGCAGGACAAAUGUUUUGCCUUAACUGUAGCUAUAGCUGGGGAACCACACUGCCAGUGAUGCACAGUACCAUGAGUUCACUUUGCACCUCUCUUACAUCCAAGAAAAAAAAUUAAUAAAAAUACAAGAAAAUGGCCAACUUCUGACUUCAAGGCAGAGGUGUACUCCAUGGUGUGUCUAUGUACUUUGACAUUAUAUUUGCACAUUUCUGACCAC